CCAUCAUUUCCCGGGGCCAGGGCGAACAGGUUGGGCGAGUAAGGGUGCCAAAGUUGAGUGGCAAGCGCAACUGACACACCGACCGACCGGCCGGGAACUGUCGGUCCCACGCUCAGCUCCGGUUCCGACACCUCGUCCACCUGCUUCAGCGGACCCGUUCCCCGAGAACUACCUGUGUCCAGCGUCUCUCAUUCUCUCUGUUUCAUCUCUUUCUCCUGUUCUGUCUUCUCUUUCUCUCUCCCCCUCUAUCCCCUUUCUAUCUCUCAUUCUUGUACUCGCAAUAUAUCUUUCUAUCUGUCUCUUUCUCUCUCACUAUUUUUCUUCUACUAUCCCUCGCUCUCUCUCUGUGUCAGCCUCUGUCGCUUUCUUCCUGUCUCUCUCUCAGUCUCCGUCUAUCUCUACCUCGCUCUCUGUUGCAAACGGGUAAAUCCUGGAGGCUGCUCACUUUGCCCGUCAGCCACGUUCCUGCAGUGUGACCAUCCAAAGGGCUUGUCCCUCUGCCCAGGGAUGGAGAACUGGCUGAGAGCCGUCCUGUUCCUCCUCUUCAUCCCCUCAGGACUCUGUGGGCUGGAGCUGCAGAUGGACGCCCAAACCCAGGCCACCCUCGGAGGCAGCGUGCGGCUGCGCUGCAUGUUCACGGGCUCGGGCCAGCUCACGCAGGUAACCUGGGACAAGCUGACUGAACUGGGCCCGCAGACAGUGGCAGUUCGCAGCAUCGAUCACGGCUCCAGCACACACCCAUUCUAUGGGGCACGGGCACGCUUUGUCCAGGCAGACGUUCAGCCCGACGCCUCACUCCUCAUCCAGGACGUGAUGCUCACCGACGCUGGUCUCUUCCGCUGCAAGGUGUUCAGCUUCCCCGCCGGCAGCUUCGAGGGAGACACCUCGCUCACCGUCCUGGUUCCUCCUCAGGUGUGGGUGGUACAGGGACCACGUACCCUGCUGGAGGGGGAGCGCCGUGCGCUGGCAGCGUCCUGUCUGGCCAUGGGGAGUGAGCCGGGACCCGAGGUGCAGUGGGAAUCCCCAGUGGUGGGGGAGCAGGAAAUGACCAAGGUGGUGAAUGAAAACGGCACGGUGACAGCCAGCGCGCAAUACUUCAUUCGGCCCGAGCGUGGGCUGAAGGGGAAGGAUCUGGUGUGUGUCGUCAAUCACUUCACCUUGUCUGAGCCCAUCCGCAUCCGCUACACCCUCAACGUCUUCUAUGUUCCUGAAGUAAUGAUAAGAAGAUCCACGGAGAAUUGGCUCGUAGAUAUGGAAGGGAUGGAGUUAGAGUGUGAGGAAAAUGGGAAUCCUCCAGCCACAAACUUUGUAUGGAGAAGAGUGGGUGGUGCCCUUCCCGACAAUGUCACCAUGGAUGGGGAGAGGUUGUUAUUCAACAGACGCCUCACCCUGGAAGAUUCUGGAACCUACAUCUGUGAAGUUUCCAAUGAAAUUGGCAGUCGGAGUGCCCAAAUUAAAAUAAGUGUCUCAGAUUCGAAUGUGGGUGGGCUGAGUAUGCUGACCCUGGCAUUCGUGGCCAUUGGCGUGGUCGGCCUGGUCCUCGUGCUGAUCUUCAUUGGCGCUGUGUUUGCUGUGAAUCGCUCACACCGCAAGAAAACAGAGCAAAUGGUCUUCAAACUGGAGGAGAUCUCCACCAUGUCUCGGCAGCCCUCCAUCCGCCGCUGUAACUCCAUGUCUGCCUCUGUGGAUGUCCGUAUGUUGGAGAACGGUGGGAGCCGGGACAUUGACCUGGAGCAGGAGCCCAUGAUAGAAGAGCAUUUGCCACAACAGAGGAGCAGCUCGAGGGACCUGUUGUCGGGGCCAGUGGAGACCCCACUAGCACCUCUGCCCCUGGGCAACCAUCGUUACAGCCUGCGAUCGACAGCCAGUGAAAUCCGGCCCCCAGCUGCCUACCCCUUCGGGGCCUACAGGAACAGCCUGCCCAGUAGCCAGAGGCACAGCGUGAGGGACUGGUCGCUGGGUCCCAGUGAGAGGUCGGUCUCACCAGGAGACACACAAAACAGCAGCAUCCGUGACCUCAGGAAUAACCAGGAGCAGGCGACCUCGCUCUCUGCCCGGCCACUGACCCCCUCUCCGUCGGACCUGAGCUCUCAGACAGAGGAUGAGGAGGAGGUGGCAGACCACCAAAAGUCCAUCCACGUGGCCAUGGGUCAUUUCUACCCCCACAACGGGACGCUGCGGGCGAAGCCGUCUGGCAACAUUAUCUACGUCGCCAGGAAAGAGCACUGUGUGUGAAGACAAUGAGUCAGAUGCCCCACACAGGACAAGGACUCCACUGUGGGGUGGGGGGGACUCUACAGGAUUUAGACACAGCAGGCUGGGAAUCUGUCUGUACAGGACACAGAUGGAGACACACCAGACCAUAGAUACCACACCAGGGCUGUCCAGGAAACAGACAAUGGUACACUGGAUCAUAAAGAUUCUGCCAGCACUGUACAGGACAUGGGUGUGGAAUCACUGGACCAUAAACACCGUAUUGGAAUUGUACAGUACAUGGACAUAGACAUACAGAACUAUAGAGUCCAACGGGCACUGUACUAAACGCAUGCUAGUCUGUAUUGUUCCUGCUGGGAAUGAGCCAAUGCAGGACAUGGAGACAACACACACAGACAUGGAGAGAUGGGAGAGGCUCGGUUUGUCUCCCCAGGAACAGGGGAGGCUGAGGGUAGAUGGUGGAGGGUGUAAAGUGGUGAGGGGUCUGGGCAGAGUAAAUAGGAAGGAGACCAGGGACAGAGGGUUACAGGUUUAGAGAGGAGAGGAGGGAAGGUGUUUUCCCGGAAGGUGGGGUGUGGGACUCGUUGCCUGAUGGGGAAGGGGCAGAGAUGCCCUCCACAGUUACACAGAAGGGGGUGGACUUCAACAGCUGUAACCUGCCCUAGAGAGGGAUUGAGUGGGGUGGGGCUCUGUGGAGGCGCUCUUCUUGUGAGCUACCUCUGGUUAUUGGUGCCAUUGACCACCAGCUUUAGCACAGCCUUUGGUCGAUUGAGGAGAAGGGUGAUGACUUGGCACAAGAUAUGGUCUACGGGACAGUGAACCCUGCCCUUCUGAGGCCUGGACCACCCACCGCAGGCACCUCAAAGUACUGGAGAAUCCCGCCAACACUGUCCCCACAGACCCCUCAAGGAUCAGUUAACCAAUAUCAGUGAUCUCUCCCAGCAUAGAGACCCCAGUUACACCCUGUCCCAUCAGACAAACAACGUGACUUACCGGAACACUCACUCUGUUCCCAGCUCUGUCACAUCAUCUCCACUGACACCUGGGAAUCUCUGGCCCACGGCUGUUUCAAGUGUAGAGGGAAUGUUCAGGAUGGGAUUGGGGACCUGGAGCUGUAGAUUGGAAACACACAGAGGUCCAGUGUGAGCUUUGGAUGGAGUUACCAGCUCAUAUACUCUUUACCCACCCAUCCAGUCUUACACCUCCUGUCCUGUCUGUGAUCCUACACUGACCUUAGGACAGGAGGAGGGUCAGCAUCAGUCCCCACCAACUGACCAACAGAGGGGAAAGGGGUCACCUUGGUAGAGAUUUGAGGUGUGGAAUUUGGGCUAGGCUCAGACUGAGCAGUGUGCGAGCGUUAGGUGGGAUAAAUCUACUGAAAACGGCAGCACUUCUCUGUCAAGAACCCGUUCACCAUGUGGUGACUGUAUGUGUGUGUGUGUGUGUAUGUGUGUUGGAGGGGUGGCGCAAGGCUCCGGUCUGAUCAAUCCUGUGAUCCGUGCACCAUCUUUAACCUGUUGUAUAUUUGUACAGAAGCUGAGUAAAGCUCUUGACUAUAGUG